AGAGCUGCACACUGCUACAAGCCCCAUCACUGCAGCUGUAGUAUAACCGGGUAUUUCAGCUCCUUCCAGCUUCUGCUGGGUUUGUUUACGCGGGGCACUAAUUGCAGCGGCGCUGAGGGUUUGUUGCUCAUUAGAGCGGCUGUUAAAGCGCCUAUAAACUUUUAUAAAAUAGGCUGAACGCUAACUGCUGCUGCUGUGCGCGCGAGACACUCCCUGCAGCCCUCACUCAGGCGCGCGCGGCUUCACUGCUUCUUAUAAUAAUAUCUCUGAGAGUCUCACCUCCCAGUGCAUUGGGGUCAGUCAGCUCUCUCUUUCCUCUCAGGAGCUCCUCAGCUCCUCGCCUGCCCUCCUCUGAAGCUCUUCUUUUUCAGGGAGCUGACCAUGUAGGAGCUCCAGCCGGCUGUUCCUUCAAAAAAACCCGGGAACUUUCCUUGUAGUUAAGAUAACAGGGGUGAUAAAGGCAGAGCUCGUGCAUGGCAGCUUUAACACUGGUAUUUUUACCUUUACCUGCGUAAUUUUUUCACUCAUCUGAGUGAAAAAGCACUGAGGCAUGGCGGGUCUUCUGCUCUGUGUCCGGCUGUGGGUAAUUCUGAGUUUAAUCAGCGUUUUCACUGAAGCCAGAUCAUCGUUGUGGCCAGGAGACACCAAGAACGCCCAGCUGCAGUCAUUUGAACUAUCCAAUUCUGCUGACCCAAAGCAGAGUUCCAGCCACUACAAAAGUGCAGAGACCCUGCUGAGUAAAGAGGCUCAGGCUCAUCAGAGACCCAGACGAUGCACAUGCUUUUCCUACAGAGACAAGGAGUGUGUAUACUACUGUCACCUGGACAUCAUCUGGAUCAAUACGCCAGAGAGAACAGUUCCUUACGGCAUGUCCAGCUAUCGCGGCUCUCAGCGGGUCAGGCGCUCCAGUGGCGGCGCAGCAGCAGUAGAACAUCAGCGUUGUACCUGUAGAGACCAGAAUGACACACGGUGUCAUAACUUCUGUGAAACGAGAUGUAAUCACCAAAGGAACAGCCAUGAUGAUCUCAACACAGAAAGGGCAUCAUACAGACCCUAAGGAGGACAAGGCUUCUGGUCUCACCAUCUUUGAGAACAUCAGACUCCGCUUAAUGACCUUUAAGGUUCAUCUGGCCUUUUUUCUAACAGCUGCAUUUGAAGUCAUCUCUCUGAAGAAAAGCUCUUCUGAAGGAAAGGCUGUGAGGGAUGACCACUGUGAAGUGAGGACCUGAACCCUGACUCUGACUCCUGGACGAUCUAUGCGCUGCCAUUAUUUCAAAUGGGCUGAACUGUGCCAGAAAGGAAGUGACCCCAAAAUCCACAGAUGUUUGUUUCAUUAUCUUGAGCUCUAAUCCUUGUUUCAGUGGAAACUUUGUUUUGUGGGACGUUGGAAUGUUGCUUUAAUCACUUGUGCACCUGAUACCAAAAAACUCUAUUUAUGGACAAUGGGCAUGAUCUGAACAUGGAAGGGCAGAACAACGUUAGGCCUGGCAACACUGUUAGGCCUGAAAGAAAGGACUGCACAAUGAUAAAAUGCUGGACCUCAGAUAUCUUAAAGGAAUCUAUAACUUGUAUAUUAUUGUUUCACAUGACUACCAUGACAUGACAUUUUUCCUACUAAAAUACUCCCUUUUGUUUUUAAGAGA